CCCCCGGUCCCACUCAGCCCCACUCAGUCCCACUCAAUCCCACUCACCGGCAUCCUCCGGCCGCACAGCUGCCCGGGCAGGGGACACGGAGUGGAAGAGUUCGCCCUAUAGGAUAUAUAGAGUGAGGGGACACCCCAUGCCUGGGGCCACACCAGCGGUGUAUCAGCCCUCCUGUCAGCCCCGGGGAAGGGACUGGAGCUGAGCCUGGCAUGGAGCCGCAGCACAUGGGGAAGGCGGGGGAUUUACACUGACCUGCUGCCCGGGAUAUACACGGUGCCCGUAGGAGAGCCGAGCUGGGACCGGCUGGAGGUGAUUUAUUUCUGUGCGUCUUUCUGGCAAAAUGGAAUUGCAAGUGGCUUUCCUGAUUGUGGGAAUGAUUGCCUUCUCGGACUCAGCAAGAGGUCCCCCACGCAUUUCUGACAAAGUGAUGCACCGGCAGACUGUGAGGCUGGGAAGAGCCAUUAAGCUUUUGUGCCCAGUAGAAGCUGACCCCCCUCCCCUUAUAAUGUGGAUGAAAGACGGGCGCACUAUCCACAGUGGCUGGACGAGGUUUCGAGUUUACCAGCACGGUAUGAAAAUAAAAGACGUGGAAAGUGAAGAUGCAGGAAGUUAUAUCUGCAAGGCGACUAAUGGGUUUGGAAGUAUCAACGUGAACUACACGCUCAUCGUAAUAGAUGACUCCAGCUCUGGAAAAACCAACCAGCCCCCUGAUGGACCCAAUGCCGAAGUAGAAGAAUUUUCUAGCAAGCAGUGGGCCCGACCCCGGUUUACACAGCCAGCGAAAAUGAGGAAAAGAGUCAUCGCUAGGCCAGUGGGAAGCUCCGUUCGACUGAAGUGCAUCGCGAGUGGAAAUCCCAGACCAGAUAUUACUUGGCUGAAAGACAACAAGCCGUUAACCUCUCAGGAGAUUGGGGAUAACAAGAAAAAGAAAUGGACCUUGAACCUGAAGAGCCUAAAGCCGGAGGACAGCGGGAAGUACACAUGCCAGGUGUAUAACAGGGUCGGACAGAUUAAUGCGACGUACAAAGUCGAAGUUAUCCAGAGAACUCGCUCCAAGCCCAUACUCACAGGGAACCAUCCCGUUAACACCACUGUUGACUUUGGCGGAACAACCUCUUUCCAAUGUAAGGUGCGCAGUGAUGUGAAGCCGGUGAUCCAGUGGCUGAAAAGAGUUGAGUACGGCACAGAGAACAAGUACAAUUCCACCAUAGAUGUUGGCGGCCAGAAGUUUAUAGUGCUUCCGACAGGAGAAGUUUGGUCCAGACCUGACGGCUCAUAUUUGAAUAAACUCAUUAUAACCCGCGCCAGAGAAGAAGACGCUGGGAUGUAUAUUUGCCUUGGCGCUAACACAAUGGGCUACAGCUUCAAAAGUGCAUUUCUCACUGUCCUGCCAGACCCCAAGCCCCCCAUUGCACCUGUGGCCUCGACGAACAGCAGCCUCCCGUGGCCGGUGAUUAUCGGAAUACCGGCCGGAGCCGUUUUUAUAUUCGGGACAAUUCUUCUUUGGCUUUGUCAGACGAAGAAGAAACCGUGUUCUCCUCCGGCUGCAGCCGCCAUCCAUAGACAACCAGCGAGGGUAGCCAUACCACAGAUGCCCGACAAAGAGGGCAUCGCCUCUAUAAACUAUGAUGAGUACCUUGCUCAGCAGCAGCAUCUACUAGCCCAAGGACCUGUCUUAGCACCGGCCAUGGCAUCCAAAAUGUACCCAAAGAUUUAUACAGAUAUCCACACCCACACACAUUCUCACGUGGAGGCCAAAGUCCAUCAGCACCAACACAUUCAUUACCAGUGCUAA